UUGGGACCAGCCAAUGUGGUCUUGGUGGGAGCUGAGAUGAGCGGGACUUAGGAGGGGGCAUGUCCAUGUUGAAGCUGCAGGGGGCGCUGCUGCUGCGGGGCACAGAGAGCCUUUGGACCAGAGUGAGGAAUUAUUCCUCGGCCAGGGCGAAGGAAGAAGCCAGAAAAAGAUGGGUGUGUGAGCAAGUAGAGUUGUUGGAAGUGCUGGAGGCGAGAGUGCAGCAGCUGAAGGCCGAAAAUGUAUCAGAGGCGGCGAUCAGCGAGGUCCAACGUCCUCGCCUGCGCAAGUUCGGCUCCCUCCCUCCCGCCCCACGGAAAACGGCCGCUGCCAGCUCGGCCCGGAACGAGAGUGCCCUGAAACGCGAGGAAAAGACCCAGCCUAGCCGCUGGAUCGAGAAGUUGAAGAAGGAGAAGUCGAUGAAGCACAAACGUCUUCUGAAACUGGAGGCCAAACUCUCAGCUGCCGUCCCGGGUGACGUGGCCCGGCCCGGCAUGGAAUGGAUUGGGCGUGGCGCAAAAGACGAGGCUUUCUCCCUGAGGUCUCCCGCUAAAGAAACCCGGGCGAAGCUCAAGGGGCGAGCGUCUAAUGCGCAGCAGUCCAGCAUGGCCAACGACGGCCAGCCGAACAGGAUGGCUAAAGUCUCGGUUGGGACGCAGUCUCGAGAUCCUUCCGGGAGCUGCGAGGAAUCGGGGGAGCCCUUUCGGGUCUGGGACACCGCCGAGGGGACACCGCCCCUGGACGAUGAAGACGAGAACCGGCACAUGAACGUCAAGCUGAGCAUUUUGUCCUAUCUGGACGCCUGCCUCUUUCUCGGUCAGCCUGAGAGGGCCCACAAGUGCCUGAUGUUCUAUCACCGCUCCCAUGCCCGGAGGAAGCGGCUUGACAUCCGAAUGUACAAUCUCGUUAUGCAAGGGUACGCUAAGAAGGGCCUCCUGACACAGGUUGGCAAACUCUUCCACCUCCUCGAGGAAGUUGGCUUGAGGCCCAACGCGGACUCUUACGCCAUUGCGCUCGCUUGCAUGGGGCAGCACGGGGCGUCUCACAACAUCAUCUCCAGAUGCCUUCAGCAGUUUAAGGAAGACGGCUUUCAAGUGGAGGACCUCUUCCGGGACUCUGGGUUCGAGGAAGACUGGAGGAAGAUGGUGUUGAAAGCCGUCCAGAUGGUUGUGGAAGACUUCCAGCCCCCGCCUCCUUGCCCUCCCGAAAUCUGCACGGUUCCCCUACUCCAGGACUUCUACAUGAAGGGGAAGCCCGUCUCCUAUCCCAAGCUCGAUUUCACGGCGCAAGAGUUUAGGGACCAGUUCAGGAAGCAGCUGGAGAUGGAGGCGUCAGACAUGGUCACCAUCGACUCUGUGGAGGCAGCCAAGCCCUUGACGGAGGAGGCCAGUAAUGCGCGGAGCCUGCUGUCCGUCCUCCGCAGCCACUGGCACGCAUCUCUCCUCCAGAGCCUGCAAGAGUCCAAGUUGCACAUGGCACAACGGAAAUCGGGGAAACUAAACCUCUACCCCUUCCUCUGCGUGCUGAAAGACGAAGAAUACGUGGACAUCCUCAUGCGGAGCCUCAACAACAUGUCGCCGCAAGGGGAGUCUCUCCUGGUCCUAGCGAAGGAACUGGGCUCCAAAGUCUACAGCAAGUUCAUCCUGAAGAAGAAAUCCAGGAGCAACUUGGUGGAGAAGAUCCAGAGGCUAUACGACAAAUAUGUGCAGCUGCUCGCAAAGGACACUCAGCCGGACGGUUACCUGCCUCGCGAGUACUGGGAGAAGCUGGCGGCCGAGCACGGCUGCAGCCCCGCGCUGGUGUGCAAGGAGCACCCCUGGCCCCACGCGCUUCUCGUGCAGCUGGGCUUGCACCUGGUGGAGCUGCUGGUGCAGGUGCUGAAGAUGGAGAGCAACCUCUUGAACCCGGGACUGGAGCAGAAGCUCAUCCCUGUCCUCUACCACGUCUACUCCUUCCGCAGCGGCCGCCAGGUAGGCUUCGUCAGGCCACACCCCCUGUUCACCCGCCUACUCAUGGAGGCCACCGAGACCACCCUGACGUUCGACUCCUUCGUCAUCCCCAUGCUCUGCCCGCCCAUCCCCUGGGUGGCCACGCACUUUGGUGCCUACGUCUUCGCCCCGACCAAGCUCAUGCGCUACGUGGAAGGGGCGACGCAGCACCAGCUUUUGCUGGACCGCUCCCCGCGCAGCUGCCUCUACCCCAUCAUGGAUGCCCUGAACCAGCUGGGCAAUUGCCCCUGGAAGGUCAACCAAGCCGUCUUGGACGUGAUCAUCUCCAUCUUCAACGACAAGGGCAACGAGAAGCUGGAUGUCCCUCCGCCUCCCUCGGAAGCCCCCCAGCCCGCCGUGCACUCCCCCGACGGGGCCGCACUGAGCAAGGUGGUGCUCCGGCGGGAGGCGGCUCGGUGCCGCAAGAAGGCCACCGAAAUGUACAGCCUUCGGAUGGACGCCCUCUACAAGCUCUCCAUCGCCAAGCACAUGAGCGGCCGGGUCUUCUGGUUCCCGCACAACGUGGACUUCCGGGGGAGGACCUAUCCUUGCCCUCCCCACUUCAACCACCUCGGCAGUGACCUCACGAGAGCCAUUCUGCUCUUCGCCGAGGGGCGGCCCCUGGGCCCGCACGGCCUUGACUGGCUGAAGGUCCACCUCGUCAACCUCACGGGGCUGAAGAAGAAGGAGAGCCUGCGGGGCAGGCUGGCCUACGCCAACGAAAUCAUGGAGGACGUCUUAGAUUCGGCGGACCGUCCCCUGACGGGCCGGAAGUGGUGGAUGAGCACGGACGAGCCAUGGCAGGCUUUGGCCUGUUGCAUGGAGAUCGCCAAGGCCACCAGAGCCCCGAACCCUGCCGAGUACGUCUCCCAUUUCCCUGUCCAUCAGGACGGCUCCUGCAACGGGCUGCAGCACUAUGCGGCGCUCGGGCGGGACAUCAUGGGUGCCACCUCGGUGAACCUUUCCCCUUGCGACGUUCCGCAAGAUGUCUACAGCGGGGUGGCUCAGAAGGUGGAGGGGUACCGGAAGCGGGAUGCCGAGCAGGGCGUCAAGAUCGCCCAGGUCCUGGACGGCUUCAUCGGCCGCAAGGUGGUGAAACAGACGGUGAUGACGGUCGUGUACGGCGUUACCCGCUAUGGCGGGCGUCUCCAAAUCGAGAAGCGCCUCAAGGAGAUCGACGAGUUCCCCCAGGAAUACGUUUGGGAAGCAUCUCAUUACCUAGUGCAGCAGGUCUUCAACAGCCUCAAGGAGAUGUUCUCGGGAACUCGAGAAAUCCAGGGCUGGCUGACUGAAAGCGCCCGGUGUAUUGCCAAGUCUGGCCGGACGGUGGAGUGGCUGACUCCGCUGGGGCUGCCCAUCAUCCAGCCGUACCAUCGCUCAAAGACCACGAUGGUUAAAAGCACCAUGCAAGGCGUUCAUCUCAGGUCGCGACACGACACCACCCAGAAGCCCGACACGGUGAAGCAGAAGAACGCUUUCCCUCCGAACUUCAUCCAUUCCUUGGACUCCACACACAUGAUGCUGACCGCUUUGCACUGUCACAGGGAGGGGCUGACCUUUGUCUCCGUGCACGAUUGCUACUGGACUCACGCGCUCACAGUCGACAUCAUGAAUCGGGUGUGCCGCGAACAAUUUGUGCAGCUCCACAAGCACCCCAUCUUAGAGGAACUCUCCCAGUUCAUGCUGCAGAAAUACUGUUCCCACGUUCCGGUUGAGAUGAAGGACAAGAAGGCAAAUGAGUACCAGAGGCUGAUUCAGCUUCUGUCUAGCAUCCCUAAGAAAGGUGACUUCGACCUGGAGAAGGUGAAAGAAUCCACCUACUUCUUCAGCUGACCCCGGGAGGCGUGUCAGAAGCUGUUCCUGGGGACCCUGCCUCCGCCGCCCCGUAAUCCAGCUCGGAACGGGCUCUGCUACCUCCAGAGUGAAAAACAGUGGGGAAUAAGUUCUUGCACCGUGCAAAACUGAAGCCUAUUUGGUCCCUCUGCCCUGAGCCUCCAUCAGGUGUCCUUUUCCCUCCCUUCCAUCCCAGAACUCUGAGCGGCACCUUUUGCCUCCAUGCACACACUGCUUCUGUUUGUUUCUUAAAUGCCCAAAUGGUGAAGAAUCGAAGGGUGGAAGCCGUCCUCCCAGCUUGGUGCUGCUUUAGUGCCAACCCCCCCCCCAGGGCACUUGGCUUGCCACCCCGAACCUCCGCCAGCCCUCUGGAGGGGGGCACCUUUGCCUCCAGAGCUUAAGCAGGACAGUUUUGUGGAGGCAGGAGAUGGUAGCUUUGACCCACAGGAUUCCUCCCCUCCCUUCUCAGGGCGGCCCAAGUUGGAGACGACUCUGAAGGCUGGCAUCGCCAUCGUGUUGGGCUCCCGCUCCUGUUAGGCCCCCCGAACCUUUGGGGGCUGGUUGGAGCAGGAUUCGUGCUUGCUGGCAACUGCAGAGCGUAGGAACCACGUGGGAAGAGAAAUGGGGGUGAAAUUCCCCUACCUGCCGCUGCCUGCCUUGGUUCUUCCCGCAUCAUCCCGCUUGCCGCUUUUGGGGAACCAUGGCUGCCCCCUCGAACCACUGCCUGUGGGGUGCAGAAUCGAGUCCCUCUCCGUCGGGGAAUGGUUAAGUUUGUUCCAGCAGAGUAGCCUGGGGUGGGCCGUUUCGAUGCCCCAAGGGAGCUGUUUCCUCCCCCUCGGCCAAUGCCUGUAAAUUAAAAGCCUAAAAAGAAACCUCUGCCUCGCCUCUGGAAUUUCUGAUCUGAACAAUGCCGGUGAACGAAUUCAGCAAAUGCUCUUGCCUUGAGAAGCGAGGAGGCUGCCCGCAGUGUCUCUGCAACGAGUCUCUGCUUGUGGGGCUUCUUUCAAGCUCUGCAAUUCAGCAACACCGAGAGGAAUACCUGCUUGCAGUUCUGGUCGCCUCAGCUCAGAACGGAUAUGUUGGAGUUGGGAAAGGUUCAGAAAAGGGAAAGCGCAAACCAUCAAGGGGGGUGGGACAACUCCCCUUUGGGGAAAGCUUGCGGCGUUUUUUAGUUUUUCGUUUAGAGAAGAGGCGGGUAAGAGCAGACAGGACGGGAAUUGUAUAAGGUUAUGGAGAAAGUGGAUGGAGAGAGGAAAACGUUAGCCCUUCUAAUACUAGAGCGCUUGAGAAACUCAGUGAAGCUGAGCGUUGAAAGAUGUGAGACAGGCAGAAGGCACCAUGUGACCUGUGGAACUCAGUGCCACCAGAGGCAGGGGGCCGACUUUGUUAAUAAGGCGCCCUGAGCACAAAAUUUUCAGCUGGAGAACACCCCUGCGCUGGGAACACGCACCCCCCCCCCCAGUGGAAGAAGGCUCAGAGCCUGGGGAUUGGUGGUGGGGCAACGAUGGGUGGUCAGAGGGAGAAGACUAGGAAGAGGAGGUGUCAGAAGCAGAAGAGGCAACAGGGUUUAGUGAGCGGGAAGAGGCCGUGGCAGAGAGCAGUCCAGAAUCGGAGGCAGGAGAGGAAGUGGGGACAGGAGACAAGAGAUGAGGUCAGCUGGGGUGUGUCUCCCCGUCCUGCCACAACAUGCUCCAGGGAGUCUCCUCCUCCUGGUGCAACCAGUUCCCCUCUGCCCCCUGGUCUCCCAGAACCAGCAGAGGUAUGAAGAGCGUGUAGCAAAGAGAGACAAGACGAUGGAGUCUUAGGCUGCUGGAGAAGGAACCGGUGGAGGAGCCUUAGAGAGCGGUGGGAAGGCAAGGACUCUCAGUCCUCGCAGCUGUUCCAUUGGGGCAAGACCUACUGGAAAGGGCUGCUGCAACCACUAGGCCUGAGGGAAGGGCUGCUGUGACCACUAGGCCUGUUUUGUUUCUUUGAAGAGUCGCCUUUACCGACACUGGUGCUUUAUCGACUCCCGCUCCUGAACAGCUUGCUCUAAAGGGGGAUUGGAGCAACUUUUCAUUUUUAUAAAAAAAAAAUUUAUUAGUUUUACAAAAAGUUACACACCAUUAACAUAACAUUUUUGCACGUUAAAAAAGGAAAAGGGUUCUUUUGAACCUUGAGACCUCCUUCCUUGAGACCUCCAUGGGUUCCAGUUUUAAAUUUUAUUCCUGCAUCUUUUACUGUAACCUAUAUCUGUUAAACAAUCAUUGUAUCCAAAAUCCAUGUUACAUUGCAAGUGUCAUUCCUGCAACUAUUUCAACUGUUUACAGUAGUCUCUCAAAUAUGUUAGAAAGUUAUUCCACUCUUUUUAAAAAUGCUUGGUUCUUCCUGGUUUCAGAUCUUUCCCGUCAGUCUCUUUUCAAAAAAAAACCAAACAAACUUUUUAUUCAAUUUUACAAAAUACAUUUGAAUUCAAACAUUAGUCAUAACCAUCAACAUUUAGGAUUCCCUUCAACCUUAGACUCCCCUCCAACCCUCCAUGGUUUCCAUUAUCAAACUUUUUCUGCUGCAUAUCAUAUAUUUUCUCUGUCUUUCUUGAAGUAAUCCAUUUUCACCUUAGUUUCUAAUAAAUUACAAGCGUUACUCAAAUCCUGCCAAGGUUUUUUGGCUGUUUACAACGUUCUCUUAAGUAAAUUGUAAAUUUCCCCCAUUCCUUAUUAAAGCUUCUAUCUUCCUGGUUUCUGGUUUUCCCGGUCAUUUUCGCCAUUUCGGCAUAGUCCAUCCUCUUUGUCAGCCAUUCGUCUCUGGUUGGGACUUUUAUCUCCUUUCCAUCUCUGGGCCAGUCGCAUCCGCGCUGCUGUCGUCACGUACGUAAACAAUUGUUUCUGCU